AUGCUGCUCCUUUUCUUGAUUGGAUGCGUUGCUGCCACUGUCAAUCCGGAACCUGCACCAGUUCAGGGUAGCAACGCGUACCCAUAUGCUUAUGCUGUCGACUUUUCCGGGCCAGCUUCGAAUUUCAGUUGUCUUAAAUCAUCCAACUAUAGGACUGUAUUUGUACGAGCAACAAAUACAUCUAUCAAUCGUAGGAAUUUUUCAGCGGGUCUCGGCGUAGAAGCGUACAUGACGCCACAAAUCCGAUCUAGCAAAAAUGCAUCAAUGCAAUUCGAUGAGAUCUUGAACGGCUUGAAUGCUGCAGGAAUUAACCUCAAGAAACUAUGGAUUCAGGUAACAGCUCCAGCUAACUGGGACCCAUACCCACAAAAAAAUGUGUACUUCCUCAAUCAAAUCGUCAUGGCUGCACAGGUAUUCUCUUUUUUCACUGCACUAUCUUCAUUAUCUUUCAUCAUAGGAAUAGAAUUGCACUCGGCUUUUACACCAACUUUUACGACUGGACCCGGAUUACAUACAAUGCGCGGGGGAGUAACUUCUCAACUCUGGUAUUGGAAUGUAAGAGGAGAGGGACCACAAGGUGAGACUGGUGCAAACUUCUACGAUUUCCGCCCAUUUGGCAGCUGGUUUAGACCGACCGUUAAACAGUUUGCUCAAGCUGAGAAUGUCUGUGGAAUGACUGUGAAUCGGUGA